AUGGACGACUUAAAAAGCGAAUUAGAAUUGGAUGACCAUAAGAUUACGUUGACUGAAUUAUCGGAGCGCUAUGAAACAGACUUAUCAAAGGGACAUAAUGCAAGUAAAGUGCUAGAAUAUAGAGAGAGAGAUGGUCUAAAUGCUUUAAGUCCUCCUAAAGUAACACCAUGGUGGGUGAAGUUUGCAAAAAAUUUGUUUGGUGGCUUUGCUCUUUUGCUUUGGACUGGAGCCGUGUUAUGCUUUGUGGCCUAUGGUAUCGAAAGGAGUCAAAGUGAGAACACCCUACCAGAUAAUCUCUACUUGGGAAUAGUAUUGGCUUCUGUGGUUAUUAUAACAGGUUGCUUCCAGUAUUAUCAGGAAGCGAAAAGUUCUAAAAUUAUGGAAAGUUUUAAGAACAUGGUUCCGCAGUUUGCUGUCGUUGUUCGUGAAGGAAACAAGGAAACUAUUGGAGCUGAACAGUUAGUUAGAGGAGAUUUGGUUGAGGUUAAGUCUGGCGAUCGAAUUCCUGCCGAUAUUCGUAUUAUCGAAGCUCGUAGCAUGAAAGUCGAUAAUUCAUCAUUAACUGGAGAAUCUGAACCUCAAGUUCGACUUCCUGAGUGUACGAACGAUAAUCCUAUUGAAACAAGGAACUUGGCUUUUUUUUCUACUUAUUGUGUUGAAGGAAAUUGCAGAGGUAUCGUUGUAAACAUUGGCGAUAACACUGUCAUGGGUCGAAUUGCCAACUUGGCUAGUGGACUUGAUACUGGUUCAACACCAAUUGCUAGAGAAAUUGCUCAUUUUAUACAUAUAAUUACCAGUGUAGCCGUUUUUCUCGGUGUAACCUUUUUCAUACUUUCAUUUAUCCUGGAGUACACUUUCAUCCAAGCCGUUGUGUUUCUUAUUGGUAUUAUUGUCGCAAAUGUACCAGAAGGUCUCUUAGCUACCGUUACAGUAUGUUUGACAUUAACUGCAAAGAGAAUGGCAGCUAAAAAUUGUCUCGUCAAGAAUUUAGAGGCUGUUGAAACGCUCGGUAGUACAUCUACUAUCUGUUCAGAUAAAACUGGCACAUUAACACAAAAUCGAAUGACAGUCGCACAUAUGUGGUAUGACAAUCACAUUGUUGAAGCUGAUACUUCUGAAGACCAGUCUGGAAAACAUGAGAAAUCAUCUGUGACAUGGAAUCAUUUAGCCAGGAUUGGAGCUUUGUGCAAUCGCGCAGAUUUUAAAGCAGACCAAGAGAGUAAGCCUAUCUUGCAAAGGGAUUGUACUGGCGACGCUUCUGAAUCUGCCAUAUUUAAAUACAUCGAAUUAGCUGCCGGUUCAGUUGCUGGAAUGCGUGAAAGAAACGGCAAAAUUGCCGAAAUACCAUUUAAUUCUACCAAUAAGUACCAAGUUUCUAUUCAUACGAAUGAAGAUGGCCAGACACCAUAUAUUCUUGUUAUGAAAGGUGCCCCAGAGCGAAUUUUAGAUCGUUGUUCGGAGAUUGUAAUAGAUGGCGAAGUGCGUCCUUUGGACGAUGCUAUGAAAAAAUCUUUCCAAGAUGCUUACGAGGAACUUGGAGGCAUGGGCGAACGUGUCCUUGGAUUCUGCCAUUACUAUUUAUCAGGAGAUCAAUAUCCAGAAGGGUACAAGUUUGAUACCGAUGAGCAAAACUUUCCGUUGGAUAACUUAACUUUUGUUGGUCUGAUGUCCAUGAUUGAUCCACCUCGUCCAGCUGUUCCCGAUGCUGUCAGUAAAUGCCGUAGUGCAGGUAUCAAAGUAAUCAUGGUAACAGGUGAUCAUCCGAUCACCGCGAAAGCAAUUGCGAGACAUGUUGGAAUAAUCUCAGAAGGGUCCGAGACCAUUGAGGACAUAGCCAAACGUGAAGGAGUUCUGCCAAGAGAUGUUGAUAUCCGUCUCGCUAAAGCCUGUGUUAUUCAUGGCAGCGAAUUAAAGGAAAUUAGUCAAGAUGCAUUAGACGAUAUUUUAGCUCAUUACCCGGAGAUUGUGUUCGCACGAACGUCGCCGCAACAGAAAUUAAUUAUUGUUGAAGGUUGUCAACGUCAAGGGCAAAUUGUCGCUGUAACUGGUGAUGGAGUUAACGAUUCUCCAGCAUUAAAAAGAGCUGAUAUUGGUGUUGCUAUGGGAAUUGCUGGAUCUGAUGUUUCUAAGCAAGCUGCUGAUAUGAUUCUUUUGGACGAUAACUUCGCUUCCAUUGUAACUGGUGUAGAAGAAGGUCGACUUAUCUUUGAUAAUCUGAAGAAAUCAAUUGCAUACACUUUGACCAGUAAUAUUCCCGAAAUUUCACCAUUUUUGAUAUUUAUUAUCACCAGUAUCCCAUUACCUCUUGGAACUGUUACUAUUCUCUGUAUUGACUUGGGAACGGAUAUGGUUCCAGCUAUUUCCCUUGCUUAUGAAAAAGCCGAGAGCGAUAUUAUGAAACGUCAACCUCGUGAUCCUGUACUUGAUAAAUUAGUUAAUGAUAGAUUGAUCAGUAUGGCUUAUGGCCAGAUUGGAAUGAUGCAGGCUACGGCUGGCUUUUUCUGUUAUUUCGUAAUUAUGGGUGAAAAUGGCUUCUUACCUAAUAGACUAUUUGGAAUUCGAGUAUUUUGGGAAGAUCGCAAUAACCAUGCCCUAUUGGAUUCCUAUGGCCAAGAAUGGACCUUCUCGCAACGAAAAGUGCUAGAGUAUACAUGUCAUACGGCUUUCUUUGUCAGUAUUGUAGUCGUGCAAUGGGCCGAUUUACUCAUCUGUAAAACUCGUCGAAAUUCCAUAGUCCAGCAAGGAUUUUUCUCGAAUUGGUACAUGCUUUUUGGAAUAUUUUUCGAAACAGCAUUAGCUGCAACUUUAUGUUAUGCACCUGGCACUGAUCAAGCACUACGAAUGUAUCCUUUAAGAUUUACUUGGUGGCUUCCCGCGUUGCCAUUUAGUCUUUUAAUAUUUGUUUACGAUGAAUGUCGACGUUACAUAUUAAGAAGAAACCCAGGAGGUUGGGUUGAGAAAGAAACUUAUUACUAA